AGCUACCAUUAACAAUUAGUAAUUACAUAUAAAAGUUCCCAUUGCUAGCAAGUGUUCUUCCAGCAGCCAUGGCUUCCAAAUUGAUCAUUUUCUUCCUUACAGUGGCUUCCUUCACCACAAUCUCGGUUUUAGGAGAAGAACAAGGCUUUGGAAGUCCCCUAGACAGGAAACUAGUCGGGCUGAAGAAAGAAAAGCUCAGCCACUUCCGGUUCUAUUUCCAUGACAUCGUUGGUGGCCAAAAUCCUACUGCUGUCCAAGUAGUGCCACCCUCCAAUAAAUCAGCAACGCUAUUUGGUCAAAUAACGAUGAUCGAUAAUCCAUUAACCUUAGGGCCCAAAUCAAGCUCCAAAACAGUGGGAAAGGCACAAGGAUUUUAUGCGUCUGCUGCACAACAAGAGAUUGCUUUCUUAAUGGUUAUGAACUUUGCAUUCAUUGAAGGAAAAUAUAAUGGCAGCACACUCAGCAUACUAGGGAGGAACAACGGUGGCAGCAGCAGGGUGAGGGAGAUGCCGGUGAUCGGAGGCACCAGGCUGUUCAGGUUCGCUAGGGGGUAUGCUGAGGUCACCACGCAUUCGUACGAUCCCAAGACCAAUGACGCUGUACUUGAGUACAAUGUCUACGUCUUCCAUUAUUGAUGUUCUUGCCCCUUGUUUUUUUUUUUACCAUUUUGCUAUCGUUUGAUGAUUGUGUUCCCACUUUUGAUAGCCUUUAAGAUAAGUGGGGCUGGUUUUGUGGUAUUUUGUAUUACUAGAAAUUUAAACGUGGACCAUAUAAUAUACGUUCAUAAAUAUUAUAUAUGCAAGUAGACA